ACGUUGGAAACCUGUACAGUGACGGAGGGAGGCGUUAAAUCAGUGAUUAUUUCGAUGUUGAUGUCGGUCAGUGUGGAUUACCACAACAAUGUCUGUAAAAACAAAGUUCCACUUUGAGCCUGAGAGCGUCAGAAACGUGAUGGUCCGGUGAGAAACCGGUUCGCUUCGGUUCACUUGUGGAAACGAACCGCGCGACGGAAGCGGGAGGCGGAUUCAGCCACAUAAAUAAGACAUGAGCGCCUUCUUUAUGCCGAGCCUGGAUACGUGACGGAUAACGGAACGACGCCUGGCAGCCGUUAAAACGGGAUUAUUAACGUGCCGACGUUCUUCCUGAAUACUGGUCUUUCCGUCGGAGUGACGCCGAGAGGUGGCGGCGCUGUCCCCGCGCUGGGGAGCACCGAAGUCCGCGGUGUGAGCGCAUGACGGGUCGGUGGUUCCCGGGCCGCUUGGAGGUCCGUCGUGCACGAUAAAGAGACACUUAAUUGUUCGUGGCUUUUUUUCAGGCAUCCAGUUGGAGCAAAGGUCUCCAUCGUCCCUCCCUCCACCCUGUUUUCUCUCGGUGGAUUGUAGGAGCCUCGUCUCAUCAUCCCUUCCUCCCAGGACAGAUGGAAUGAAGGAUUAUCGGAUCGCCUUUCGUGCCUCCUUCAACCUCUCUCUCCUUCCUUUUUCAUAGCGUCCACCAUGAUGGAUCCAUGAUCACCCGAGUGUCCUUGAGCAAGGAGCUUGAUGUUUAUAAUAUGUGUGAUUUCUGGGAUAAAUCAACAACCUUGACAUUCAUAGAUGAAGCCUGAUAUAGCAGCUAUGGAGUGCCUUGCCCAAAGGAACACCAGAAGGACCAAAGAAACGUACUUGAAAAAAACUGAUAUCCAGCCUAUUUGAUCAUCUUUAUAUAUAAAAAAAGGAGACAGGGAUGUUUUUCUCAUGCGAUAACUCCAUCUGUCCUUUUCCUUCUAGCCAUUCACAGUGAUUCUUCACUCUGGUCCACUGGUGACACUUUGACACUAAAAGUCAACUACUUCUUUCCUUUCUUUCUUGUUGCUUCCUUCUUUUCUCUCAUUAGCUUCUUACCUGAUUUCCACCAUUCGUCCCUCCCUAACAACAGUUGUCCUUCCCCCUCGCCCUCGUCCCCAACCAUCCUCCACCUCCUCCGCCCCUUCUUCCCCUCACCACCACCAUCAUCAUCACCAUCAUCACACCCACCAUCCUCAUCCCCACUCACACCACCAGCAGCAGCAGCAGCUCUCUUCCUCACUUCCUCGGUUCUCAUCCCCUUCAGUCUUGGUAGCAACCAUGGCAACAGCUGCCACCGCAUCCACCUCAUCAUCCUCCUCCCCAUCGUCCUCAUCAUCAGCCAGUGGCAGUGCCCUGGAACACCUGCUGGCUGUGCGCCGGCGCCCUCCGCACACCCGGCCAUACACAAUCUGCCCCGAAAACCUCCACAGCCUGUCAGUGCAGGGCACUGUCGGGUCAUCCAAUGCCACAUCCUCCUCCUCUUCCUCCUCCUCCUCCGGUCUGUCAUCAGGGGUUCAGCCUGAAGUGGCUGGAGUGGGUCUCCAACGGGCCAAUAGCGACACAGACCUGGUGACAUCAGAGAGUCGUUCUUCACUAACAGCAUCCACAUACCAGCUGACCCUUGGCCAAGGCCACCUGGUCAUCUUUUGGGAUAUUAAAGAAGAAGUGGAUGCCACAGACUGGAUUGGUCUGUAUCACAUUGAUGAGACAUGUGUGGCCAAUGUGUGGGAUUCCAAGAGUCGUGGUGUCAAUGGCACCCAGAGAGGACAGAUCAUUUGGAGGCUGGAGCCAAGACCUUACUUCAUGGAUUCAGAGACAAAGGUCUGUUUUAAAUACUAUCAUGGUGUGAGUGGAGCAUUAAGAGCAACAACACCUUGUAUCACCGUCAAAAACCCUGGAGUACAGGUGGGUAGUGAAGGUCAACUGGAGGACCAAUCAGGGACUGAGCACUGUCGGAAACUGGUCAGCUUCACCUUAUCAGAUAUCCGUGCAGUGGGUCUCAAGAAGGGCAUGUUCUUCAACCCUGACCCCUACUUGAAGAUGUCCAUCCAACCUGGAAAGAGAAGUGGCCUCCCCAAAUUCACCCACCAUGGCCAAGAGAGGCGAUCGUCCAUCAUCGUGAACACUACUAACCCUGUGUGGCACGGCGAGAAGUACACGUUUGUGGCGCUGAUGACAGACGUGUUGGAGAUCGAAGUGAAAGACAAGUUUGCUAAGAGCCGACCAAUCAUCAAGCGGCUUUUGGGCCAGCUGAUCAUCCCAGUACAGCGACUGCUAGAGGGGCCAACAGCUGAUGAUCACCCAGUCAGCUACAGCCUCUGUCGACGUCUCCCUACAGACCACGUGAGCGGGCAGCUCACCUUCAGAGUGGACAUCACCUCCGCCGGACAUGAAGAAGCCUCCCCAGAUGCGGUAAUCUUAGGGAGUGCCGUGAACGGAGACCCUGGCAGUCCUUCUGACGAUGAGGAUCUUCCUCAUCCCUCCUCGUCCUCACGCCUCACAUGUGGGUUCUCCCCUGUGGGGUCAGACGAAGGCUCCCUGCUAGUCAAUGGUGCUUGUUACUAUGGUGAUGACAGUGUGUGGCGGGAACCUGGGCAGAUGGGAGAGGAUGAUCUGGCUCCUGUUGCUAUGGGUGGCCACACCCACCGGCAGGUGUCAUUGAAUGACUACCUUGAUGCUAUUGAGGCUGCUAGGAGUCCUGGGGACCGACCUUUUGCAGGACAGUUGCCAAAACUUCGCUCCAGCUUCCCUACAGACACACGGCUCAAUGCCAUGCUGCACAUAGACUCAGAUGAGGAUGAGGAGACAGCAGGACAGCACGGCGAGCCGCCACAUGCUCUACAGCAAAUUUCAGAAUUAUCCAGCACUACAAGAGUUGCUACACAUGAUGCUUUGAAAAUGGAGCCACAGGGGCAGAAUAGAGCUGGAAUCGAACCCACAGGUUCUUCAGCAAGUGCUCUGCCUGUAACUGAGACUGACGAGGCUGGAACUGGAGCUGCAUGGGCUGGAAUUAGUGCUGCCGAAGGUGUAGCUGCAAAAACAUCAGAUGCUUCUGAGACUGCAGCUGUGCCUGGAGAUGUUGCUGGAAGUGUAGUUCAUGCAGGACCCGUCACUGCAGACACGUCUGCCGGUUCCAGCUCAUCACAAACAUCAGGGACGGAGGCAGCUGCUCCAGCUGUGCAGGGAGCGUCGAUGGAUUCUGUGGGAGACAGCAGCUGUGAGCAGCAGAGCCACAGCUCAGUCACAAGCGAGGAACCAUCCUGCAGAUCUGUACUCACUGGUGCUCAGCUUUCACCCAUUCAGGAGGUAGAGCCAAGAAAAGAAGUAGCUCCAAAAGCAGAGGAGGAAGGAGUGGAGUCAUCCAGCAGUGAAGCAAAUGGGCUCGUGUCAGCAGCAGCAGCCAGCUCCAGCAGCACCAGCAUCCCUGGACAAGGUGGAGGGGCUACAUCCCCACAAGGUUCAUCCUUACAAGGGUUGAGAACCAGCAGUGGUGAUGGGGAGAUGGAGCAGCGGGAGGAGGAGGAGGGAGGGGAGGUAUGGAGGAGAAGACGCUCCGUGCAAGCCUCUGGAGGUGCAGUCCACGAAGUGUGCGGGGCAAGGGAGAGUCAUAGUGGAAUAGUAGUGGAAAGAGAGACAGGUGCUACAGCCCAGGUCAAUGGCCACCAGUCUGUUCGCUCCCUGCCAUCUGUCCGUCAUGACAUCAGCCGUUACCAGCGAGUGGACGAGCCCAUGCCACCUAACUGGGAGGCCCGUAUUGACAGCCAUGGUCGUAUAUUCUAUGUGGACCACGUGAACAGAACUACAACUUGGCAACGUCCCACUGCUCCCCCUGCACCACAGACCCUCCAAAGGUCCAACUCCAUACAGCAGAUGGAGCAGCUGAAUCGCAGGUAUCAGAGCAUACGCAGGACAAUAACCAAUGACAGCAGACCAGAGGAGCAGCCAAUCAAUGAGCUGCCUGUAGAUGAGACUGACAUGCAGCCCUCCAUUCCAGAGCUGCGUAGGGACAGCAGUGUCGCACAGUCCAGUUCCAGGUCUCGUCUCAACCUUCUGCUUCAGUCUCCCAGCGCCAAGUUCCUCACCAGUCCAGACUUCUUCACUGUGCUACAUUCCAACCCUAGUGCCUACCGUAUGUUCACUACCAACACAUGUCUGAAGCAUAUGAUCAGUAAGGUUCGUCGGGAUGCUCAUCACUUUGAGCGAUACCAGCACAACAGGGACCUGGUGGCCUUUCUCAACAUGUUUGCCAACAAGCAGCUGGAGCUGCCCAGAGGCUGGGAGAUGAAACACGACCACGCUGGCAAGCCUUUCUUUGUGGACCAUAACUGCCGUGCCACCACCUUCAUCGAUCCCCGGUUGCCUCUCCAGAGCUCACGUCCUCCGAGCCUUUUGGCUCAUCGCCAACACCUGACACGCCAACGUAGCCACAGCGCUGGGGAGGUCAGCCCACGACGGCUGGUAGGUGAAGAUCCUCGUCACCCUGGCCCGCCUGUCCUGCCGCGGCCUUCCAGCACCUUCAGCUCUGUCAACAGGGGGCAAUACCAAGACACUGUCCCAGUGGCUUACAACGAAAAGAUUGUGGCAUUUCUCAGACAACCCAACAUCUUUGAGAUUUUACAAGAGAGACAGUCAGACUUCAGCCGGAACCAUUCACUCAGGGAGAAAGUGCAGCUGAUCCGAACAGACGGAGCGUCAGGAUUGGCCAGGCUAUCAGGAGACGCUGACCUGGUCAUGCUGCUCAGUCUUUUUGAAGAUGAAGUCAUGUCCUACGUGCCUCCUCAUGCCUUACUUCACCCCAGCUACUGCCAGUCACCUCGGAGCUCGCCUGUCUCCUCACCGCAGAACUCGCCUGGAACUCAGAGAGCUAAUGCCAGAGCCCCAGCACCCUACAAAAGAGACUUUGAGGCCAAAUUGCGCAACUUCUACAGAAAGCUGGAAACAAAAGGCUACGGCCAAGGACCAGGGAAGCUAAAGUUAAUCAUCCGUCGUGACCAUCUUCUGGAAGAUGCCUUCAACCAGAUAAUGUGCUAUUCCCGUAAAGACCUGCAGCGCAGCAAACUCUACGUCAGCUUUGUCGGCGAGGAAGGGUUGGACUACAGCGGGCCUUCCAGAGAGUUUUUCUUCUUGGUGUCCAGGGAGCUUUUCAAUCCUUAUUAUGGCCUCUUUGAAUACUCUGCCAACGACACCUACACCGUUCAGAUUAGCCCCAUGUCUGCCUUUGUAGACAAUCACCAUGAAUGGUUUCGGUUCAGCGGACGAAUUCUGGGCUUAGCUCUAAUCCAUCAGUACCUGUUGGACGCCUUCUUCACUAGACCCUUCUAUAAAGGCCUCCUGCGCAUACCGUGUGACCUGAGUGACCUGGAGUAUCUGGAUGAAGAGUUUCAUCAGUCCCUUCAGUGGAUGAAGGACAAUGACAUCGAAGACAUGCUGGAUCUUACCUUCACCGUCAAUGAAGAAGUCUUUGGACAGAUAACAGAGAGGGAGCUGAAGCCAGGGGGCACCAACAUCCCUGUCUCAGAGAAGAACAAGAAGGAAUACAUUGAACGGAUGGUGAAGUGGAGGAUAGAGAGAGGAGUGGUACAGCAGACUGAAAGUCUGGUCCGAGGCUUCUAUGAGGUGGUGGAUGCCAGACUGGUGUCAGUGUUUGAUGCCCGAGAGCUGGAGCUGGUGAUCGCUGGCACCGCUGAGAUUGACUUAUCAGACUGGAGGAACAACACAGAGUACAGAGGAGGUUACCAUGACAACCACUUGUUAUCCGGUGGUUCUGGGCAGCAGUGGAGCGGUUCAACAAUGAGCAGAGACUGCGGCUGCUGCAGAGCUCAUACCUGUUUCAACCGACUGGACCUGCCACCUUAUCCAUCCUUCUCCAUGCUGAGCCUCAGGCGGAUUUGGCUUAGCUUGUUUGACUUGCGCUUGGCUCUCAAACCAGCACUUCGCAUGAAAAAAAUCUACCCAGAGUGUACGAGUUCAACCAGCGUUUGUCCUGCCAGCUCAGGAGGACUCUGCGCCGAGCAUGACAAAGGGGGAACCGCUUCAGGAAAUCAGCUGGUGCGUAACUUCAAACGGCACCAAAAGCUGCCAGAGUGCCUACCGUAUGUUCACUACCACACAUGUCUGAAGCAUAUGAUCAGUAAGGUUCGUCGGGAUGCUCAUCACUUUGAGCGAUACCAGCACAACAGGGACCUGGUGGCCUUUCUCAACAUGUUUGCCAACAAGCAGCUGGAGCUGCCCAGAGGCUGGGAGAUGAAACACGACCACGCUGGCAAGGUAGGUGAAGAUCCUCGUCACCCUGGCCCGCCUGUCCUGCCGCGGCCUUCCAGCACCUUCAGCUCUGUCAACAGGGGGCAAUACCAAGACACUGUCCCAGUGGCUUACAACGAAAAGAUUGUGGCAUUUCUCAGACAACCCAACAUCUUUGAGAUUUUACAAGAGAGACAGUCAGACUUCAGCCGGAACCAUUCACUCAGGGAGAAAGUGCAGCUGAUCCGAACAGACGGAGCGUCAGGAUUGGCCAGGCUAUCAGGAGACGCUGACCUGGUCAUGCUGCUCAGUCUUUUUGAAGAUGAAGUCAUGUCCUACGUGCCUCCUCAUGCCUUACUUCACCCCAGCUACUGCCAGUCACCUCGGAGCUCGCCUGUCUCCUCACCGCAGAACUCGCCUGGAACUCAGAGAGCUAAUGCCAGAGCCCCAGCACCCUACAAAAGAGACUUUGAGGCCAAAUUGCGCAACUUCUACAGAAAGCUGGAAACAAAAGGCUACGGCCAAGGACCAGGGAAGCUAAAGUUAAUCAUCCGUCGUGACCAUCUUCUGGAAGAUGCCUUCAACCAGAUAAUGUGCUAUUCCCGUAAAGACCUGCAGCGCAGCAAACUCUACGUCAGCUUUGUCGGCGAGGAAGGGUUGGACUACAGCGGGCCUUCCAGAGAGUUUUUCUUCUUGGUGUCCAGGGAGCUUUUCAAUCCUUAUUAUGGCCUCUUUGAAUACUCUGCCAACGACACCUACACCGUUCAGAUUAGCCCCAUGUCUGCCUUUGUAGACAAUCACCAUGAAUGGUUUCGGUUCAGCGGACGAAUUCUGGGCUUAGCUCUAAUCCAUCAGUACCUGUUGGACGCCUUCUUCACUAGACCCUUCUAUAAAGGCCUCCUGCGCAUACCGUGUGACCUGAGUGACCUGGAGUAUCUGGAUGAAGAGUUUCAUCAGUCCCUUCAGUGGAUGAAGGACAAUGACAUCGAAGACAUGCUGGAUCUUACCUUCACCGUCAAUGAAGAAGUCUUUGGACAGAUAACAGAGAGGGAGCUGAAGCCAGGGGGCACCAACAUCCCUGUCUCAGAGAAGAACAAGAAGGAAUACAUUGAACGGAUGGUGAAGUGGAGGAUAGAGAGAGGAGUGGUACAGCAGACUGAAAGUCUGGUCCGAGGCUUCUAUGAGGUGGUGGAUGCCAGACUGGUGUCAGUGUUUGAUGCCCGAGAGCUGGAGCUGGUGAUCGCUGGCACCGCUGAGAUUGACUUAUCAGACUGGAGGAACAACACAGAGUACAGAGGAGGUUACCAUGACAACCACAUUGUUAUCCGGUGGUUCUGGGCAGCAGUGGAGCGGUUCAACAAUGAGCAGAGACUGCGGCUGCUGCAGUUUGUGACUGGGACCUCCAGUAUUCCUUACGAGGGUUUUGCUUCUUUGCGAGGCAGCAACGGUCCACGUCGGUUCUGUGUGGAGAAAUGGGGGAAAAUCACAUCGCUGCCCAGAGCUCAUACCUGUUUCAACCGACUGGACCUGCCACCUUAUCCAUCCUUCUCCAUGCUGUAUGAGAAGAUGCUGACCGCCGUGGAGGAGACCAGCACCUUUGGACUUGAAUGAGCGCCACCCCACAACAGACCGCUGGUCUGGUCGUCGAGAAAAGCAGAACUCUUUCUGAUGGGUCCAGCACAGACCUUAGAGUCACAAUAUGACCUUUAACCCAGGAAUCAGAAUGCCAAACUUUUUCCAAAGUCCCAUAUGUGAAAGUAACAGUACAUAGACCUGCAUGUAUUUCACACCUGCUUUGUGAUACACACUUUCACCUGUGGGAUGUGACGAUUGAAGACCCACAAUGCCGUUGGAAUAACUGGGUUUGACCAAUAGCAGUGUGGGAUAUUUUCUACAUUGUCUUUCAUACCACUCAGUUGUAGUCUCUUUUAAAGAAUCCCACUGGAGGUUUUAAGUGUUGCCUUCACUGUCUCACAUCAGCUCUGAUGUUCAUUCGCUGAGGGGAUUUACACGAUUCAGGAGAACUUGCUCUGUUUGGACGGUCCUUGUUGGAGCUUCACGGUCGUGCACGUGUUGGUUGUGCACACCCUUGUCUAAGCCUUAGGAGGACCAGCCCAGGAAACUUUUCAGAUUAUGUGUGAUUUCAGCAUACAUCACCCGCUGCUCAUUUUGGAGUCCAGACAAAAUACUUUAUUGUUGUUGCAGGAAGAAAAAACAAAGACAAAAAUCAGAUUUUCUAAUCACAUGAGACUGAGACUUUAUUUGGAUGUUACUACUUUUUUCAAUUAAAUUGUGAGGGACUGAUUUUCCUGACAGAUCUGGGUCCAUUACAGCAACACUCUGGUCAUUUAUUUUUUUUAAUUAUUUUAGUUCUCUGUGUCCACUUCCUUCUGUGACUUUGACCCAGAUUUGUUUUAUUUUAAUUUAAUUAUUUCAAAGUAGUUUGUAGAUCAUGACACACAAAUCUAAUCAAACACAAACCAAAAGUCAGUCACUUCAGUGACGGCGAGUAGAACGGGAUCAGACAGACUGAAUAUAAGUUGCCAUUUUUCAGUGUUACUGCAGCACAUCACAGAACGUCUGCUCAGCUUUUUGGAACUGCUCAUCAUUUUCCUUUUUUCAUCUUGGUCACAUUUUCAGAAGAAAACUCCACAUGGAGGAUUUUGGUUGUUUUCUUUCACUUGUCAUGUUGAACUCUGUGUUAACAGUUGAUAUUUCAUGUCACAUGUGAAGUGACACAGUCACAGUGCUGUGCAAAUGUUUUACGCAACCUACGAUAGGUGAUUGAAAAGUUUUGAGCCUGACCCAGAAAACAUAGAGUAGGGUUCUCCAGGAUAGGGCCUUCUAUGAGAAAGGUAUUAAAGCCCUGCAGCGAUGCUGGAAAAAGUGUGUGUGGAUUUACAUACAAACUUUUCAAUCACCCCUCGUUGAAGUUUGACUGCAGUUCAGCUUUUGAUUCUUCUCUUCAUCGGUGGGCCAGCUGAACAUCGAGGUUGAAAUUACCGAAGAUCUGAAUUCAAACAGAAACUAGAGCACCGUGCUCAUAGAGUGCAAACCUCCGCCAACACUAGUUUCCAAUUCCACAAAUUUUUACUUUGGAAAAAAAUUUCCAGGUCAAAGUCCUGUAAGAAGUGACUUGUCAUAAGCUAAAUUAGAUGUUAUCAGAUAUCAGGAGUAUGUAUUUAGUUCAUGCAGUU